AAAGCCCCAAACUACCCUUCCAAAAAAACCCCACCCACCCGCAUCGAGUCACUCUCCCUUCUUUCUCCUCGCCGUUUCCACCGCACUCCCAGAUCUCCCCCUCACCGCUUCUCUCGCGUCGCGGCGAUGGCCGACGAGCCCCUCGACCCGCCGCCGGCUCCAUCUCCGUCGCCACCCGCGGCGGCGUCUCCCCUCGCGCUCCUCCGCCCGCGGCGGGAGGCGUUCGAGUACGGCCUCCUCCCCAUCUCCAAGCUCAUCUUCCCGGAGGGCACGCUGGCGCAGACCCUCGCCCAGCUCAAGGACAAGCUCGCCGCCGCGGCUCCCGAUGGGCGCGUGGGCGCCGCGGCGCUGGCGGAGGCGCUGCAGAUCCCGACCGAGCAGGCGGCGCUCGCGCUCGGCACGCUCGCGGCGGUGCUCCCCGCCGAGGACCCCGCUCUGGGGGACGGCGGUGAAAGCGCCGACCUUCGCGACGUGCUGCUCUUCCUCUACAUCCAGUCUUACAAGCGCCUCGUCCCGCGCAGCACGCACAAGGACUCACCGGCCGUGGCGGACGUCUGGCCCUCCACCUCCGCGUUCGAUGGGUACCUCUCAGCGCUCUCCCCGAUCCAGCUUGUACGCAGUAAUAGCCGUCGCUUUAUGCCUUCUCAAGCCGAUGAAGAAAUUCAUCAGUUGUCUUUUCUGCAAAAGCAUAUGGCAAAUAUUCUUACUCUCUUGGCAGAUUCUGUUGAGGGCAAGGCUGAUGAUUCUCUGCAGGUAUUGACAAUGGAGACUUUUGAGCACCUUGGAUUUCUAGUUCGAUUCUCAGAAGGAACUUCCUUGAGUCAGGCGGCCACGUUUUUUGCAAACUCUGAUCCAGACAUGCCUGCUGCUCCUGUCCCUGCUGCUCAGGUUCUUGAAUGGAUUUCACAGAAUAUUGCUUCUUCAUUGCAACAUUCUGCUGAGAAGUCUGCGGCAAAGGAAAGCAGCCAGCAAAUCGUGUCUGAUCUUGAUGUGACCAUGGCUGAUGCCAGUACAAGUCAACCACGGAACAGCUCACCAAGUACCAAUCCUGUGUACUACAGAAAUACAACUUUUGUGGAGGGCUUUUCCAAAACCUCUGUUGUCAAGCAUGCAUCUGAUGUCAAAGGACAAUCAGUGAAGGUUUUGAACUGCCAUGAUUCUGUUAUCUACAUAUUGGCACCUCUGAAGUAUGCUACUGUGUAUGGAUGUUCUGAUUCUACAGUUGUUCUUGGUGCUGUUGGUAAGGUAGUAAAAGUGGAGCAUUGCGAAAGAGUGCAUAUCAUUGCAGCUGCAAAACGAAUUUGUAUUGCCAACUGUCGGGAGUGCAUCUUCUACUUGGGAGUAAAUCGCCAACCUCUUGUUUUAGGGGAGAACCAUAAAUUACAAGUUGCUCCAUUCAAUACUUACUAUCCACAACUACGGGAGCAUAUGAUGCAAGUUGGUGUCGAUCUUACUGUCAACAAAUGGGACCAACCUUUUGUAUUGGGAGCUGUUGAUCCGCACGAUUCAUUAUCCCAUCCUGCUGGGGUUUCUGAUGUUAAAGCUGAAUAUGCUACCUGUCUGGAUCCUGAUCUAUUCACUAACUUUUUGAUUCCUAGUUGGUUUGGGGCUGAAGUGCAAGAGCCUACAAAUUGCAACCCUUUUCCAUUACCUGAAAUUUAUGGGGCAUCCCAAAGCAAAAAGCAUUCUGCUCUGGAAGAUAUUCAAAAGACUAUCCGGGAUCUGCAGCUUGAUGACAAUCGGAGAAGGGAAUUGAUGAGCGCCCUUCAUGCACAGUUCAAGGACUGGUUAUACGCUUCGGGUAAUAUCCGCCAGCUAUAUUGUCUGCAAGGCGAUUGACAUUUUUGUGAAUGGAAGUGUACUCAUGCAAGACUGUUUAUCUUUUGCCGACUCCAACUCCAAAACAUUCGACCAUUGUCGAAGCUGACCUUACUCCCUGGAGCAAACUCUGCUUGCUCUUCCAGCCUAUAGCGUCGAAAGAAGGGUGUAAAAAGAACUGUAUUAUUGCCUACUCUUGCAAAUUUGUUUCCCUAUUUCCCCCAAAUUCCCUUUUGCUGCAAGGUCGGUAGUUAAUUAGGAUGUGAUCUUGGUUUUUCCUGUGGGUACACAUUUUUGGCUCUUCAUAACAUCCACGAGUAUGUGGUAGGGAUUGAUGAAUCAACUUUGUUAAAUAAACAUUUCAUUUCUUCUUCUUAAA